AUGGCGACUCCAUCCUCCAACUCGACCAUGAUCACCGCACCGCUUGCGUUCCCGGUGACGGAGAAGCUAACCCGAAGCAACUUCAACAUGUGGCAGGCUCAGGUGAUGCCGGCCAUUCGAGGGGCUCAACUUGAAGAGCUCCUCCAUGGCACGGACGUCGCGCCACCAAAAGAGGUCGUGAGCUACCUCCUCACCUCGCUCUCGAAGGAAAUCCUUACCCAGGUCACCGACCGCAAGACGGUGGAAGAUCUCUGGAAUGGGAUCGUGGAGAUAACAUCUUCACAAACCCGUGCGCGCACGGUAAACACGCGCAUCGCCUUGGCGACAACUCGCAAGGGUGCCUCCACCAUGGUGGAGUAUCUCAACAAGAUGAAGAUGCUAGCAGAUGACAUGACAUCUGCUGGCAAGCGCAUUGACGACGAAGAACUCGUCAGCUACAUCCUCGCCGGUCUUGACUACGACUACAAUCCGGUGGUGUCCGCGGUGGUCGCGCGGGCUGAACCAAUCACCAUGAGUGAGUUAUAUACUCAACUUACUACCUUUGAGUACCGCAACGAUAUGUUGCAGACCAAUCAGGCGAUGGCGAACGUUGCCACUCGCGGCGGUGGUCGUGGUGGCGGCCGGGGCAACUUCCGGGGGGGCCGCGGUGGACCUCCCAACGCCGGUGGCCGUGCUCCAGGACGCGGAAAUGGUGCAGGCGGACGCCAGAACAGAGGCGGUUACAACAACAACGACAACCGCCCCACCAAGCCCAAGUGCCAAGUCUGCGGAGUCGGGGGGCACACUGCCCUUGAUUGCUGGUACCGCUUCGACCCCGAGCAGGCACGUGCUAAGCGCAAUAAAGCCUUCUGCAGUCCAGUGGCAUAG